AAAUGGCAUUGGUAGACUAAGUGAAAAGUUUCUUCUUUGAUAAUCUCUGAUAAUCGAAAUCUACAUAAAAAUUAUUCCUAAUUCGAACAAAGCUUAUAACUCGUUUAAUAACAAGAGAAAUAGCCUCAUCAAGUUGAUACAAGAAGCUUUUGACCGACCGGAGGAAUUGUGAGAGAAGGAGACGAGAAUGAUUUUUUUUUUUUCAAUUUUAAGGGUGUAUUUUUUUUGUAAAGGUGAAUCUGAGAUUUGAUAACGAUAGAGAGUAUUCAUUGCAUAUGAAAAACUUGUUGAAAUCGUUUCAUGAAGCGAAGUUGAAACAUUCAAUAUAACGUAAUUGUUUGAGAUAAGCUGGAGAAAAUAUAACAUGAGAAUCGGAAAAGUUAAAAGAAUAUUGAAGUGAAAGAUAUGAAAAAUACUAAUAACAAAAAUAAUAACCUAUACAUUAAGAAAAUCGAUAUAAAAUAAUUUUUCUUGAAGUGAAAAGAAAAAAUCUCUUAAGAAUUAAGGCAACUAAAUGUUGCAUUGUCUGAAUGUUGUAAUAGUUUUUACAUAGUGAGAAAAUAUUGGACUGUCGAUAAGACGAUAAGAAAUUUAAAAACAUCCAAAGAGAGAAAGAAAGAAAGAGGACAAAAAAAAUGAAAAAAGAUUUUCAGUCACUUGAACCGAUGAUAAUGAAUACACAUACAUAAGAGAAGAAAGGAAAAAAUAUCAUACACUUAUUGCGAAGACGAUAUCACCAAAAGAGCUUCAAAGAAUUUUCCAAUAUUAAAAGCCGAAUUGAGAACGUGAAAAAGAGAAAGAAGGAAAAUAUAGUGGUCACGAAAUAGUCACAUUGGAAUGUUCAACUAUACUUAAAUACAAGACCCCUUCCCCUCUACUCCCUCCUGAAAUUGAAGCUGAAACUGAAUUUUUAGUUAACAAGAAAGUUUUUUGCAAGAAAAAAAAGAUUGAGAAAAGAGAUCAAAACUUAAUACAUAAAAAAGUGUUGUAAGGGAGGAAGAGACAUAUAAACACUUUUAUUUAUAAAUAUAUACUGGCUCGAAACGGUGAGGCACGGGGGACAACUGAAUCUCCCGAGAUAUCACCUGACGGUGGUACAUCAUCAGCGUGUUGGUGGGCACCUUGGUCAGCAAUGGGUUGCUUCGGUUCAGCGAGUUCCAAACAAGCAGAUUCAAAUAGUCCCGAUGAUUCCAAAAGCCAAAAGCGAAGAAGUGAUGCAAUCACAAAACAACUACAAAAGGACAAGCAGGUCUAUCGAGCUACACACAGACUGCUUUUGCUUGGCGCGGGUGAGUCAGGUAAAUCAACGAUUGUAAAACAAAUGCGUAUUCUCCAUGUAAAUGGAUUUUCUGAUACUGAACGUAAACAAAAAAUUGAAGACAUCAAGAAAAAUAUUCGUGAUGCAAUAUUGACGAUUACAGGUGCUAUGAGUACUUUAACACCUCCAAUAUCAUUAGAGAAACCUGAGAAUCAAGCAAGAAUAGAUUACAUUCAGGAUUAUGCAUCAAAUCCUGAUUUUAACUACCCACCAGAGUUCUACGAGCAUACGGAGGAACUUUGGAAAGAUCAUGGUGUUCAACAGACGUAUGAAAGAUCAAAUGAGUAUCAACUGAUUGACUGCGCAAAAUACUUUUUGGAUCGGGUAAGCGUAGUAAAGCAAAUAAAUUAUACACCAUCAGAACAAGAUAUUCUCCGUUGUCGUGUGUUGACAUCCGGUAUAUUUGAGACCAGAUUUCAAGUGGAUAAAGUUAAUUUUCAUAUGUUUGAUGUGGGUGGUCAACGAGAUGAACGUAGAAAGUGGAUACAAUGUUUCAAUGAUGUUACUGCUAUUAUUUUUGUGACUGCUUGUUCUAGCUAUAACAUGGUCUUGCGUGAAGAUCCAACACAAAAUAGAUUAAGAGAAUCAUUGGACUUAUUUAAAAGCAUUUGGAACAAUAGAUGGCUUCGAACUAUCUCAGUUAUAUUAUUUCUGAACAAACAGGAUCUACUGGCUGAAAAAGUAAAAGCAGCAAAAAGCAAAUUGUCUGAUUAUUUUGCUGAAUUUAAUAGAUAUCAAACACCAGCGGAUGCAUUGAUAGAGCCUGGAGACGAUCCUGAAGUUAUAAGGGCAAAAUAUUUCAUUAGAGAUGAGUUCUUGCGCAUAUCAACAGCUAGUGGAGAUGGAAAACACUACUGUUAUCCACAUUUCACAUGUGCAGUUGAUACAGAAAAUAUUAAGCGAGUGUUCAAUGAUUGUCGAGACAUCAUUCAGCGAAUGCACUUACGCCAAUAUGAACUUUUAUAAAUUAUUUUUCUAUGAUCAAAUAUAAAAGUAAAAAAGGAAAAAAAAUAUUAAGAAAAAAGAUGAUGUAUGAAGGAGAAAUUUAAGUUAAAGCUAAUUUCAUAAAAAAAUGCAUGGAUUUAUAGAUGAUUUAAUGUUUCAAUAACAGAACAUGGAACGAUUUCUCAAAAAACAAGCUUAAUUAAAAAAGUCAACAGCGCUAAUAAAGAAAAACUACAUAAAAUGAUGCUUACUUAAAUAAAGUCUUGUUUUUCUAUGUUUUCUUUUAUAAAUUUCUUUUUAAAGAAAAAAUCACGAUUUAAAUUAUGUUCCAUUAUUCAUUAAGGAUUUGUAAUUUAACGUCUGAUAAGAUACAUAUUAGUAAAUGGGAAAUGGCUUCUUUCAGACUUUAAUUUUUGUUUUAUUAUAUUUAAAGUAAGAUUAAUCCUAUCACACAGUUUAUUUAAAUAUUUGUAAAACACCCUGAUGAUGGAUUUAAAGUAACAUCCGAAACUAGUCAGUCGAAAGGAAAAAAAAAACAAAAAACUAUUUUUUCUUCUUAAAGGCUGAAAAAUGCCGUUUCACAUUUAUUAUUAUUCAUUAAAAUAUCACAACGCAAGAUAAAAAACUAAUUUAAAAAACAAAUUAAUAACAAAAAAAAUAAAAAUAAAUCAUCAUAAUUGAACAAACUAAACAUUUCAAAUUUUAAAAAAAUAACAUGAAUUCGAAGUUUUAUGUUUUUCCUAUCAUUUCGAUUAGGUUAGAAGUAAUUAAGAAUGGUUAAAAUCUGACAUAAAUUUUAAGUGCGAUAAGUCAUGUUCACAAUAGCACGAUGCAUAUUAAUGCCAUAUAUGUUUCUCUUUCAUAAUCCUUUUCCACAUAAAAUGAAAAAAAGAAGAAAGUUGAUGUGUUAAUAAUUUUAUAAAUAUCUGACUUCUCACUUCCAGAAAAGUUUUAAAUAAUAAACAAAAAUUUAUUAAUAUCUUAUUUUAAUGUAUAAUAUUUCUUUUGAAUACAUACUAAUAUACAUACCUACAUAUUUGAAUUUAGUUUCUUUUGUUAUAAAUAUAAUUGAGAUUGUUUGCUUAUAUUUUCUUUUCGGAUUCAAGCAUGACCUUUUUUCUUGUUAUGAAAAUGUUAUUGGUAAGGAAAGUGAUUAAAUAAAUUAAGAAAUCAAAAAGCACCAUUUUUAUUUUUCUAGUCAAAAGUCAAUUUAUUACUACAUGAAAAAACAGAAAAAAUUAAACUUUCUACUAUUGCCAAAAAUUUAAAAGAAGACAGAAAACAGAAAACACAGAGGUGCAAAGAAAGUACCCAGCAAAUUGCAAGGAAUAAAAUAAGAAAGACACAUUUGCUCUUGAAAGUAUUUCAAAAUAUUCAUGGAUGUUAUGAUUGAUUUCGAUGGCUCAUCAUGAAUAUCAAAUGUUAACUAAACACUUUAAUUAACUACACGUUUUCAUGUUUUCAUUCUUGUCACAUCGUUCUCUCCAUUUGUGCUAUUUUUUGAAUAGAAACUGCUGUUAAAUUUUUAAUUUUGGAAAAAAUUCUUUUGAGUCUAUUUUUUAAUAUAACGGAGUCAUUAAAUUUUUAAUAAAUUAACUAUCAUUUCUACCAAUUGAACUUCCAAUGUAACUCACAAGGUUUUAAUUGUAUAAAUUUUAUUAACCAUUAUUUAGUUAAUUAUAUUUAUGCACAUCCAUAUUAUAAAUGCUUAUAUUUACGAAUCAUUUUACGUUGUUACUCUUGAGAAGCUAUAUAAUUUUAUUUUUUUCUGUGAAAUAUAUGUAGGCGAUAUAGAAAAAAUAUGAAAUGACCCCCACAACACCAAAAAAUAUAAGAUUUCAAAGGAAAAGUGAUGGUCGUCUAAAGGAAAUAUUUAAGAUUUUUUGACCAAACAGAUAUUCAAAAAACCUUCAAUUUUAAAAUAUAUUUCAUAUUAAUAUCUUUUAUUACUGUACAUUUUGUUCAAAGCCCUCAAAUUCUUUUAAUCAGAUUGAAUUUAGGCAUCAGUCACAAUCAAUGUCCAUUUCCCCUUGUUCAUCAGCGAUAAAAGUUUUCAACUGUUAUUAACUACUUUUUUGUAAUUUCGAGAAAAAACUAAAUAAACGACAUGAAUACAGAGAAAUGAAUUACAACUGACAGAGUUUUAGGUCAAUAAAUAUAUUUACAACAAUUUUGUUUAUCNNAAAAAAAAUUAGCAAAAUGUGCAAAAACCUUUUUUAAAGGUGAAGAAAAAUUUCUUAAAAAUUUAAUUUUCAUCAAAUAUNAGAGAAUGAGAAAGGAAUUUCUUAACUAUCUACUUCUAAAAAAAAUCUGAAAAAAUGCAAUCAUUGUCUAACGUUAAAUAAGUAAAUUGAGAAAAUAAUUCAAUGUGUUUUAAUUUUUUUAUAAGUAAUAUCAAAAUGAAUAGUGUUUAGGACAAAAAUAUAAAUAAAAGUUUACCAACAAGCAAACUUACCUAGGAAAAAAUGCUUCCGUUAAUCGGCGAAUUUUAUUUUUGAAUAAAAAAUUAAUUAAUGAGAUUCAACUGAAAGUUUGUGAAAGAUUAUUAAAAAAAGAAAACUCCAAAAUGAAAAUUAAGUUUUUGUGGAUGUUAUACGAAUCCAUCACAAUGGUAUAAUAGUUUGUCUCAUAAGGCAAAUAGAAUCAAAGAAACUAAAAAUAUUGUAUUUUUUGAAUGAUCCUCAAUUAUGUGCAGUAAUUAAAGUAAAGGAAACCAUGUGCAAAAUCAACGUUGCAAAGGAUAUCCUGAAUAAAUUCUUCAAAUAUUUUUAUUGAGUAAGAAAUACAUACAAAAAAGAAGUAUUGAACGUCGGAAUAUAUUUAUUUCUAACAUCCUGCUCUUAUACAUUCAUUAUAAGAAAAUUAACAAACUAUAUUGGAAAAUAAGAAAGUUUGUUUCUCAUAAUACAUAAUUUAAACACAACUACUAAAAACGGCUUGACUUUUCAUUGAUUCAAUUGAAUGGGAAAUAAAGAAAUGAAGAACAAAAGAAGAAAAACACAUUCUUUACAAUUACUCAUUUUUAAGAGGGUUACCCAUGUCAUGCAUCACACAGCAUACGUGCAUCGUAAAAUAUAAUUUCUCAAAUUGUAAAUAAAAUGCUGUAAAUACGAUGAAAAGGAGUUGGCAUAAAUAGUUUUCAUUCUUAGUUCUGUCUACUAACAUAAAUCAUCCAAACCAAGCUACUGAAUAGAAGGCUUUCUUUUUAUUUCAGUACUUCAAGCGUCACCUGUUAAAGCCAAAGGUUUCAUAAAUGCUGGGAUCAAAAAAUAAUAAUAAUAACAAAUCAAUCGGCAUUAAGACUGUUAAAACUUUGCAGAGUGAACUGAAAACAGAAUUUCAUAAACCAAUUUUUAGACUGAGAUGAAACUUUGACUUUUACAGUGAUUUCCUUAUUUAAAGUUUUUAUCAAUUUUUGUUUUUCUUUUACACACCUACCCAAAUAUUUGCUAAUAAAUAUUAAAUUAAAUCUUAUGAGCUAAAUCCUACAGCUACUCCAGAAAUUACCUAAUUUUCUUUGCUUUUACUUUUCUACUCCGUCCUUUUCUCAACUACUUCCUUACUUGAACUUAAAAUUUUGAACGCAAACAAUGGAAAAAAGCGCAAAAUUUGUCGCACAAUAUACCUAAUAAAGAAAAGUCAUAUAAAGUUGGAGAAGUUCUAUUUUCUUGUUACAAAUGUGUUUAGAACACGAUUAAAAAUCUUGAUUUAGAAAUAUAUAAAAAAAAUUAGCAAAAUGUGCAAAAACCUUUUUUAAAGGUGAAGAAAAAUUUCUUAAAAAUUUAAUUUUCAUCAAAUAUUUAGUUAAAUGUUAGAUAUUUUAAGAUAAUAUGUUUAAGUGGAAAAUGAGAGAAACAUAUAUUGAGAAAGAAAGAGACAGAGAAAACUUGAUAUAAUGAACAAAAAAAAACAGAAGAAAUUUAUUGAGACGGGAGGGAGCUAAUAAUAAAUUUAACAUAAAAGAAUUCAAAAUUAUUUUUAAAGUUAUAAUAAAAAAAACGAAAAGAAGGAAACUAUUGAUUUCGCUAGUCUCUCAAUAUUAAUGAAAAGUAAAAUAAAAGGAAGAUGAAGAAAAUUAUCGAUAAAAAUAUAUUUAUAGCUAACAUUAAUUGAGUAACUAUGAAUGUAAAAAAAUAUCUCUAAAUAAUAAAAAAACUAC